AGAUACCGGAAGUGCAGGAUUAUAAACACUGUGUGUUGUAGCUGUAGCGUAGCCGCGUAAUGCCUUCAUUAUUACACAUUCUAUUAGUUUGAUAUUUAUACAUAAAUUAUGCCGGUUUUCCGAAAUAAUUUAUGUCGGAUUUUGUGAAAAUCUAGUUAGGGAAAUAUUCUGCUCCUGUGUGGUGUUUGUGGAAACAGGAAUUAGUGAUUUUUGGGGAGAUUUUUGCGAGAAAAUGAUUUCGCAGGUGUUUAUUUUGUCAUCAAAAGGCGACAAUCUGAUCUACAAAGACUUCCGUGGUGAAGUUGAAAAAGACUCCAUGAGCACGUUUUAUGAGCUGGUGUCUUCUCUGAGUGGAGAUCAGCCCUGUGUGGUCAUGAGUCACAAAGGAGUGAACUUCAUUCACAUCCGGAACGCUGGACUUUACUGGGUCGUGUCUACGAGGACGGAUCUUUCUCCUUUCACCGCUGUCGAGUUUCUUAACAGGCUCGCCUCUCUGAUUAAGGAUUACUGCGGCAGCGUUUGUGAGAAAACCGUGCGCAUGAACUUCGCUCUGAUCUACGAGCUUCUGGACGAGAUGGUGGAUUAUGGUUACAUUCAGACAACCUCCAUGGACAUCCUGAAGAAUUUUAUACAGACGGAGCCGGUGGCCUCCAAACCUUUCAGUCUGUUCGACCUCAGCAACAUCGCUCUCUUUGGAGCAGAGACACAGCAGAGUAAAGUUGCUCCCAGCACCGCUGCUGCUCGACCCAUCAUGACUUCUCACAGUGGAGAGGGAAGUAAGAAUGAGAUCUUUGUGGAUGUGGUGGAGAGACUCUCAGUGGUUAUUGGCUCUAAUGGGGUUGUGAUGAAAGCAGAUGUGGAGGGAGAGAUCAGAGUAAAGUGUUAUCUUCCAUCAUGUUCAGAGAUGAGGAUCGGCCUGAAUGAGGAGUUCAGCAUUGGGAAGUCUCAGCUCAGAGGUUACGGAGCGGCCGUGCGAGUGGAUGAGUGCAGUUUUCACCAGGCCGUGAACCUCGACGAGUUUGAUACAUACAGGAUUUUAAAGAUUUGCCCCAGCCAAGGGGAGCAAACCCUGAUGCAGUACCAGCUGAGCGAUGAGCUGCCGUGUCCUCCUCCGUUCCGUCUUUUCCCCACUGUGGAGAAGGAUUAUGGGAGCAGGUUGUUGAUUUUCCUCAAACUGCGCUGUGAUUUACCGCCAAAAAGCGCUGCUAUAAACGUUUCAGUGACACUUCCUGUGCCCAAGGGUUCUCUCAGUCUCUCUCAGGAGUUGAGUAGUCCUGACCAGACGGCUGAGCUUCGACCCAAACACAAAUCCAUUGCGUGGGAAAUCCCACGAUUCCCUGGAGGAGCUCAGCUCUCAGCUCUCUUUAAGGUGGAGGUUCCCUGUCUUAGCUCCGCCUCUCUCCAGGAGGUGGGGCCUGUCAGCAUGAGCUUCGAGCUUCCCAAACACACGUGUACAGGGCUACAGCUCCGAUUUGUACGUCUGUCUCCAAACCAGCAGGGUCCAUCUCAUCGCUGGGUUCGCUACGUCACACACUCCGAAUCCUACACUAUACGCAUCUGAAGAAUACACACGCACAGAAAUAUAUAUAUACUGUAUAUUGUUCUCAUAAAAUUGUCUCACUAUGGUAACACUGAAGGCUCCUGUUUGUGAUGAUGAUUAUAUACAUGUACAUAUCUUUUAUUUGUUUUUUUAUUUUGCUGUAUUCUGCUUGUAAUUUUCUUUGUAAAGAAUAUGUAUGAAUUAAAAUUAUUAUUGACAGUAA